GUCAAUCGGAAGGCUGCGGAACGGCGCGCACGGCUACGCCUAGUACAGUUGGCGCCUGCGCGGGCUCUGGGUUGAGCGGUGCGAAUCGCUGGUCCCGGAGUCCCGCGACCUGAGCUCCGCUCCAGCGUAGGCAUGAUGUGUGGGAUGGGUUGUCGGUGGCAGCGGGUGCUACCUACCCUACAGCUGCGGACUAGGGGCCUGCCUCUUCUGCCAUCCCUCUGGAACGGCGCCAAACCCCCAGCUCUCCCAAUGUGGGCGGUGGCGUCAGUUUCUGCAGUUUCCCCUGACGGUGCGGGCGGCUGGUACGAGGCCCUAGCCACGUCCGCGCCGGUGCGGGCCGCUGAGGAAGUGCUGCUCUGCGCGCACGCCGCCACAGGCCUUCCCUGGUGGGGCAGCAUCUUGCUCACCACUGUGGCCCUGCGCGGCGCUGUCACGCUGCCCCUGGCCGCUUACCAGCACUACAUCCUGGCCAAGGUGGAAAAUUUGCAACCAGAAAUAAAAAACAUUGCCAAGCAUCUUAAUCAUGAAGUUGCAGUUUAUGCAAAUCAGUUGGGAUGGUCCAAGAGAGUUACCAGGCUCACUUAUCUAAAGAAUAUGAGGAGGCUUGUUUCAGAGCUGUAUGUUCGGGACAACUGCCACCCUUUCAAAGCCACUGUGUUGGUCUGGAUUCAGCUUCCAAUGUGGAUCUUCAUAUCUGUUGCCCUUCGGAAUUUUAGCACAGGGGGAGCACAUUCAGAAGCAGGUUUUUCUGUUCAGGAACAAUUAGCUACUGGUGGGAUCCUCUGGUUUCCUGAUCUCACUGUGCUGGAUUCUACUUGGAUUCUUCCUGUCUCCCUUGGUGUCACCAAUUUAUUAAUAGUGGAGAUUUUUGCUCUACAGAAAAUUGGAAUGUCUCAUUUUCAGACGUAUAUUACAUACUUUGUCCGUGCUGUAUCAGUAUUGAUGAUUCCAGUUGCUGCAACAGUACCUUCUUCAGUUGUUCUCUACUGGCUGUGCUCCAGCUUCAUGGGCCUUUCACAGAACUUGCUGCUGCGUUCUCCUAGAUUUCGCCAAUUUUGCCGAAUACCGUUGACCAAGUCCAAUUCAGAUACUCCUUAUAAAGACCUCUUUACUGCCUUCUAUGCCAAGUUCAUUUCAAGAAAAUGACAUAUUUUCCAAUAAUUUUGAAAUGAUUGUAUCGUUAUGACUUUAAUGUAUUAAGUUUAGAUGUUUAGGUAUUAUUUAAUUUGCCUUUAUAUAAAAAUCAUGAACUCUCUGAAAAUGUAUGGGUUAAGCUAUAAUCCAGAUAUAUUUGACAAUAAUUAAAAUCUUUGAAGUACUAGAAAUGUAGUAUGCUUAAUUGUGAAAGAGUAUGAGAAUUAAACUUAAGUAUCUGUCCCAGUUCAUAAAAUUACAACUUGUUAGAGGCGUUUAAAGAAUGGGAUCUGAUAACGAAUGAUGUCAAAUUGUACAAAAAAGUCCCACACAUUAAAGUUUUGUAAAAUAAAAGGAUAUAGUGAGAUGAUUCUUAGUAUUUUGCAUAGGGGCAGAAUUACAGACUUAAGUAAGUAUACAUUCUACUGGGUACAGUAUCACAUACCUGUAAUUGCAGUUACUCAGGAGGAUGAGGCAGGACAAUCAAAAGUUUGCAGCCAGCCUGGGCAACUUAGCAAGAUCCUGUCUCAAAAUUAAGAAUAAUAAAUAAAUAAAUAAAUAAAUAAAUAAAUAAAUGAACAAAUGAACAAACGAAUGAACUGGAAGUGGUAGAGCACUUUGCUUGUCUUGUAUGUGCUAGGCUCUGCCUGGGUUUAAUCCCAUGUACCACCAAAGGGGGGAAAAAAAAAACAAAACACCUGUACAUUCCAUUUUCUAUUUAAGAACUCUGGAAUACAGAAUAUGACACUAUUUACUGCUAGAGCCUAAAGUAGAAAUUUUUAGGCAUUAAGUUUAUUUAGCCAAAGAUAGAAAACUAGAAGGGCUGUUACAUAUUAUGAAGGUGAUUUUAAACAUUUAUUUGGGAGGAUAAAGUAUUCUAGUGGGCUUGUGAAAAAGACUUAACAUAGGAAAACUUGACAGCAGAAGUUAUGACUCCAGUUUUUUGCUUAAUUUGGAACCAUGAUAAAAUUAAUUAUGGUUGAAUAUUUAGGAAUAAGUUUGGCAGAUAAAUUGGAGAAGAUUAUAAAUUUUCCUUGAGAUAAAAUAUGGACCUGAUUCUAAGAAACCUUGUCAUACCAUCUUUUUCUUUGGUAGUGGGGAGUACUGGGGAUUGAACUCAUGGGCACUUGACUAAUGAGCCAUAUCCCCAUAUUUUAUUUAGAGACAGGGUCUUAAUGAGUGCUUAGCGCCUCACCAUUGCUGAGGCUGGCUUUGAACUCGCCAUCCUCCUGUGUCAGGUUCCCGAUCCACUGGGAUUAAAGGUCACAUAAUUGCAAGUGAAGUUGUGCAGUUCAGAGACUGAGCUAGUUGAGUGUUUUCCAUCAUCACCAAGUAGACCCUUGUCUCCAUGAGCAGCUGAAAGCCAUAACAUUCUAAGAGCUUAGAACUGUUAGAGUCUAGAACGCCAGCAAACAAAGCAAAAUGAAAACAACUGAACCAAAUUGAUGUCAGCUGAGGACUAACAGCCACAGAGACAAUGUCAUUGGGUGACUGGAACAAAUUAUGAUUGCAAAGCCUUAGUGUGAUACAGUCUAAAAGCAAAAGGAAUUACUAGGAAAUUGUGAACUUCAUGCAAUAAUUAAAAUUCUCUCGUUGAUAUUGCAUUAUUAUGUUUUGAACAUUUUUGUUGUCAGAUGAAAAAUAGUUGUAUUCAUUAGGUGUAUUUGUGCUACCAAGACAAAUUCUAUUAUGCUGCUCAUACCACCAAGAAGAUAUUAUUGAAUAUAUUUAUUGGGAAUAUUAUAAGAUUCAUGUUUUCAAAAUACACUUUAUGAUUGUAGAAUUUGUAGGGUCAACCCAAAGUUGCUUACAAUCUGGUCAUAUGGAUCAUCCCUGGAAAAAAAGGAUUACUUCCACAAAAGAGGAUCCUUCAUCGCCCAUGCUCAGAAUGCCUGACUUUCAUGUCUGUUGUACCUGUCUUUCCACAAUCCCAAUUAAGAAGGAUUUAUGAAAGUAUUUUGAUAGUAAUUGAUUGAUAUCCAUAGGAACCACAAGGCCUGACUGAUAUAAAAAAUAAAAACAAAAGGAAUGUUUGCAAAAUGCCCAAGUGUUAUCAAUGAGAUUUAAAUUAAAGAAUGCUUUCCUCCACAGACCUUGCCUAGUUCUCAGAACACUUAACUUUUGCUUUGCUUAACUUGAACAAGAAGACUUAUUAAUGUAGUUAUACUGAAAGAGUAAGUCCUAAAGAGAAUCUUGUUUCCUCAGGUUGUACCACUGACUGCCUUCUUAGGUAAGUUUGACAAGAUAUCUUUGCCUUUUAUUGCCUGGUCUUAUACUGCUGAUUUUUUUUUUGUGGGGGGGGGGUGUUUCUGGGUAUUUUAGUUAAAAUUUUUGAUGGAAAGACCUGGAAAUAAAAAUAAAUGCUCCGACAGAGCAGUCACUCUUAUUGAAUUAUUCUACAUGAGGCAACAACAAAAAAAAGACAUAUCCUUGAAGAUCUUCGCUAGACUUCAGAGGUCCAAGAACUCUGUUACAAGUUGCUAUGGAAAUGCCCAAUUUGUGUUUUUUAAAUAUUUUGAAAUUUCACAGGCGUGCUUCUUUCCCUUUAUAUUCCUAACAAGGCAAUUACAUUUAUUUUGCCAUAUUUGAGAAUUGGAAAGAUGGUACUGUAUUUGAUUUAGCUUUGAUUUUUAUCACUUUACUAUGGGAAAAUCAUAGCUCUGCAAGACAACUUGAAAAUGGAAUGUGAAAUAUACCUAUGUUCAUUUGUCUCCAGCUGCAUUUGUGUGUGUUCCAACUUGCAUACAAUUAAUAAUUUGAGAAAUUUAUUCUAAUUAUAACCUCAAGCUUCUGGAAUGUUUGUGAAUGAUGAAUGCUUCUGAGGGUGGGAGAAUUAAAAAUAUAAAAUCUG